GAAGGCUCUCAUAAGGGGAAAGGUAAUAAUAAAUUAUUGUUGACUUAAUUGUUUUACAGUUGAUAUGGUUGAAAUUGUUGUUUUAAUAGGCUAUAUUACGUUUUUAAUAUUUGUGGUAGGAAAAAAAAUGAAGAAAGCUGUGGUGACAAUAGAGAAACACCGACGUAAGCAUUUGCCUUCGUUUGCUGAUAAAAGUUCGGCUGAAGCAUACGCCGAACUUAAUUAUGAUAUAGGGGGAUUGGUGCGUGAUAACUGUUCUAUCGAGUUUAACUCUUGGAAAAUGGUGCAUGUGGACGUGAAGAACUCGAUGGUUGUUUGGGAUGUUGAUGAAACUGAUGAGAAGCAGCAGAAGUAUGUGGACGAGCUAAUGAAGAAGAAGUUCCGGAAGUGGAAGUUCGAUGUACAGCAGGCUGCAAUCAUGCACAAGUUGAUAAUGCCAUUGUCGAUGCACAUGCUGAUGACGCAGAGGAAGAGUGACCAAAUUUGA